UGCUGCGCGGGAGCGCUCCGAUUCCUGCCACAUUAUGUCAGGAGACAGUGACUGCACCAGGACAAGUCCAUCAGUGGAGUCUCCAUCGGACAGCGAGUUCUUGCCAGAUCGGCCAAAGUAUGUUUGCUCGCUGUCUCCUGAUCUCAUUACCAAAGCCCGGGAAGAGCUUCAAGAAAAACCUGAAUGGAGGCUCCGUGACGUGCAGGCGCUCCGAGAUAUGGUGUGCAAAGACUAUCCCUCCCUGGGGACCUGCCUGGACGAUGCUUUUUUGCUAAGAUUUCUCAGAGCCAGGAAGUUCGAUUAUGAUCGAGCACUUCAGCUUCUGGUGAACUACCAUACCUGUAGGAGGAGCUGGCCUGAGGUCUUCAACAACUUGAAGCCGUCUGCAAUAAAGCCUGUCCUAGAGUCUGGUUUUGUCACUGUGCUGCCUCGUCUGGACCCAGAGGGACGCCACGUCGUCUGCAUCCGUCCAGACAGAUGGACACCCAGUAAUUAUCCGAUUACUGAGAACAUUCGUGCCAUAUACUUAACGUUAGAAAAACUCAUUCAGUCCGAAGAGACCCAGGUGAAUGGAAUUGUAAUCCUGGCAGACUACAAAGGAGUCAGCUUAUCUAAGGCGUCUCAUUUUGGUCCUUUUGUAGCCAAAAAAGUGAUUGGAAUUCUUCAGGAUGGAUUCCCUAUUCGAAUAAAAGCUGUUAACAUAAUAAAUGAGCCUCGUAUAUUCAAAGGCAUUUUUGCAAUCAUCAAGCCUUUUCUGAAGGAAAAGAUAGCAAACCGGUUUUUUCUUCAUGGCUGUGAUCUGAAUUCCCUUCAUCAAAACAUUCCUCCAGUGAUCCUUCCUGAAGAGUAUGGUGGUACUUCAGGGAAGCUGGACAUCUCUGCAUGGAAUGAGCUGCUGCUAGCCUCUGAAGAGGACUUUCUGCAUGAUUUCUCACAGCUGGUUCUCCCAUGUGACAGCUCUCCCCAUGACAUGCUAGUGAGUGGGGAUGCUGAUGAAAAGCAGUGUGAUGAUUCUCUGCGAGGCAUGAAACCUCAGCUUUAUUACUGUUAUUAACAAAGCAGUGAAGGGUUUUCCAGCACAGUUAAGAUCUGUUCUGCUAGGUGAUGUUGUGAACUCUGCCUUACUCCUAAACCUGCAGUUUAGGAACAGACUGCUGAGGCACUUUACACUGUAGAACCAAAGGAAGCUGAAGAGGGCACAAUGGGGGCAGGGCAGAGUUCGAGGAGGAUAAAGGCAAAGAGCACAAGUUAUGUACAAUACUUGAGGCUCAUCAGCCUCUGUGUGAAUGAUGCAAACUGGCCUGUUCUUUCUAAUGAUAAAGAAAAAAAUACACUGCAGGAUGAUAAGCUUGAUAGUUUCUUAUCCCCUCCCCGCCCAGGCGGAAAGUGAUGAUGAUGAUGAUUUACUAGCUUUGUGACCAUCUGUUCCCUUCCCCUUCUGAAAACACCAGUAAUUCAAGGCAAGAAAAUUGCUUUUGAACCCUGCAAAAUGUAGUUCUGUCAGUGAAGAUUGCUUAAAAACAUAAAAGUCUAGCUUGGCCUGUCCUCUAUUGCUUGGUUUAGAUUGUGAGUUGGCAUUUCUGGAAUAUCUCGAUAAAUAUUGUCUCAAAUUAAUACAGAGCAAAACGUUCUUAUCCAUGAAUAUCAGUAUGGACAUCAUCUCUGAAACUUCCUCACAGU